AUGAUAUGUUCUCAAUAUCGCUCACCGAGAAUCACUGAACAUCCAUCGGAUAUCCUUGUGCCCAAGGGCGAGCCUGUGACACUCAAUUGCAAGGCAGAAGGUCGACCGGAGCCCACGAUUGAAUGGUUUAAGGAUGGCGAAUCGGUGAAGACAAGUCCCAACGACAAUAAAUCACAUCGAGUAUUAUUACCAUCUGGAUCCCUGUUCUUCCUGCGCACCGUUCAUGGGAAAAAAGAGCAAGACGCUGGAGUUUAUUGGUGUGUGGCGAAAAAUGUUGCUGGAAAGGCACAAAGUCGAAAUGCCACUCUGCAAAUUGCAGUGCUGAGGGAAGACUUUCGAGUGGAACCCAAAGACACGAGAGUUGCGGCCGGAGAGACGGCCCUGCUGGAGUGUGGCCCACCAAAGGGAAGCCCCGAACCCACACUCAUAUGGAAGAAAGAUGGCAUGAUUCUGGAUUUAGACAUGGUGCACAGCAACCAACCGACGUUUCGGAUGCGCAUCGUGGACGGGGGAAAUUUGCUGAUCAACGACGUGCGCCCACUUGACGAAGGACGAUACCAGUGCACCGCUCAGAAUGUUGUAGGUACAAGGGAGAGUGCCUACGCCAAGCUCACUGUACAAGUGAAGCCAUACUUCAAUAAGGAGCCCACGGAUGUCACCGUUCUCAGUGGACAGACUGUUCAAUUUCACUGCUCCGUGGGCGGUGACCCUCAACCUCAGAUACUGUGGCGAAAAGAUGAUGGAAAUAUGCCUGUGGGAAGGGCGGAUAUACUGGAAAGUGACAAGAGCCUAAUAAUAAAGAAUGUGGCUCUAACGGAUGAGGGAAUGUACAUUUGUGAGGCGCACAAUAGCGUGGGACAAAUAAGCGCUAGAGCACACUUGAUUGUCAAUUCACCUCCGAGCUUCUCUGUUCGGCCACAAGACAAAAAGGUCGGCCUCAAUGGAAUCGCACUGUUUGAGUGCCUCGCCAAAGGUAACCCACCUCCGUCGGUGUUCUGGACAAAGGAAGGAUCGCAGAUGCUCAUGUUUCCGGACAAUUCAUACGGACACAUACAUAUCACAUCGCAAGGAGCCCUGCAGAUUCGCGGAGUGCAGAAGGAAGAUGCCGGAUACUUUGUCUGUUCAGCCUUAAGUGUAGCUGGUUCCGCGACAACGCGUGCCUUUCUGCAGGUGACAUCCGUUGAUGACAUACCACCCCCAAUUAUUCAAAUCGGCCCCAGCAACCAAACACUGCCUCUCGGUGGCGCAACUCAGAUGCCAUGUCAGGCCAUCGGAAGCCCGCCACCCGAUAUCAAGUGGUACAAGGAUGGGGUGGCGCUGAGUGCGGGGCAGCGGCAUUUUAUGAUACAACAGAACGGCUCCCUCAGAAUAACGAACUUACAAUCCACGGACUCUGGGCUGUACACUUGCACAGCGUCUUCAGAGAGUGGCGAAACGUCGUGGUCAGCAUCGCUGAGCGUGAAAAAGAGCACUUCGCCAAUAUUUCACCGAAUUCCCGAUCCCAGCACUUUUCCAGCACCCCCAUCGGCCCCCAGAAUCAUUAAUAUCACAGAGAAUGCCAUAACGCUCUCGUGGAGGCGGAAUCAAAGCGAGGAAGCGUCCACACUAAUUGGCUACACCGUCGAGUAUUUCAGUUCGGAUCUGCAGACUGGGUGGGUGGUGGCGGCCCAUCGCGUGCCAAAUCAAACAAUUACGAUAACAGAACUGAAGCCAGCGACUUCUUAUGUAUUUUUGGUACGUGCCGAAAAUAUCUAUGGACUCUCUAUACCGUCUCUAUUGUCUCACCCAGCCAAGACAUUGGGCGCCAGGAGUGAAAUAAUACCACAAUCAAAAUUAAUUGCAGCUCGUGCUGUUCUCAGUGAAAAGAUUGUUGAACUUGUUAAUGCCGUGGCUGCAAACUCUACAUCCAUUCGACUAGACUGGCGACUACACAUCACCUUCAACGAUGAGUACAUUCAGGGCUUGUAUCUGCGCUUCCGCGACGUGAGCAGCGGCUCACAGAAUUACAACAUUAUCACCAUCAUGAGUCCCAAAAUUGAGUCACAUGUAGUGGCGAAUCUGAAAAAGUUCACCAAAUACGAAUUCUUCAUCGCCCCAUUUUACCAGAGUGUCGAGGGUCAGCCGAGCAAUUCGAAAAUCGUCCAGACAUUAGAAGAUGUUCCAUCUGCACCACCUGACAACGUACAGACGGGCAUGCUGAACCUCACAGCCGGCUGGGUACGUUGGCUUCCGCCGCAGAAUCAGCAUCACAAUGGCAUUAUAUUGGGGUACAAAAUCCAAGUGAAAGCUGGCAAUUCGUCGAAAAUCCUUGCUCAAAUGACUCUCAACUCCACCACCAUGUCUGUUAUGCUGAACAAUCUCACAAUAGGCGCAUCAUACAAUAUUCGCAUUGUGGCUUACACUCGAGUUGGAGCCGGUCCGUACUCGCAGCCCGUCACCCUCCUCAUGGAUCCAUCACACAUCAUUUCACCACCACGCGCACACCCCAGCGGAUCCGCCUCCACGUCCGAGGAGCCGCAGAAGCGUGACAUCGUGCACGAGCCGUGGUUCAUGAUUCUCCUAAUUCUUAUGCUUGUGACAAUAAUCGUAGCUUCGGGCACAGCCAUGAUAUUCUUCCGCAAGAAGCACCGACUCAGCAAGGGAAUGAAUCAUUUGAAUGUUCCCAGUGUCAAUGCUAGUGAAAUAACAGCCUUAGCUUUGAAUGGCAAAGAGAGCAUCUGGAUUGAUAGAGGCUGGCGCGCAGGUGACACAGACAAAGACUCCGGAUUAAGUGAAGCUAAACUCCUAGUCAACUCAUCCAACGCUCCCGGAUCUUAUGGAGAUAUAGGCACAGACUAUGCAGAAGUGGACACUCGCAAUCUCAGUACAUUCUACAGUUGCCAAAAGUCACCUGAGAAUCCAACUCCUUACGCCACAACAAUGCUUAUCAGCAAUGGCAAUCCAAGCGGAAGCAGCCGCUCAUCGAGCGACACUUGCACAAAACGAUCCAAUUGCAGUCGAGAACCUUACUCAUCAGGUGCCUCAAGCCCCACAUCCAACGCCAUUCAAGGGAAACCUCAACCUUCAAUACCGUAUACACAAUUUCCGCAAAUUGUUCCUAAUAAUUGGACAGAUUUUCUACCACCACCACCGGAGCAUCCCCCUCCUAUUCCAGGAACUGCCAAUCCAGCCUUGUUCUACACUCCGGAGAACAUUGAGCGAGGUGGUCAGCAAGCGUCCAAGUCUUGUUCUGGAAUGCUGAUGACUGCCUCUCAAGUGUCAGGACACAGUGGCUCUUCCUGCGGAAACUCAGUGUCCAGCUACUCUCCGUGGGAUGCCCAUCAGCAAAUCAACACGGAAAACAUUUACAAUAGCUUGCUUCCGUAUCCGGGAGCUCAGUAUCAGAAAUGCUGCCAAACUGUAGGUCAUGUUACAUGUUGUGUGCCGAAUAUGCCAAAUAAUCCCCACGUUCCUAAACAUAAGCAAUGCCACCCGAAUCAACAUUCCGACUAUCAGCGGCACAACCAACAGCAAGUCAACUAUUGCAACAAUUCUCAUAGUUGCGAUGCUCUGGCGUCACAUCAGCAAAUCAUUAAUCCGGACUAUCAACACAAUCUAAUCUACACCUGCUCCUCAGAGUGCUCUGACCACUCAAUGAGACAACCCGUGAGAUGUGCGCGACACUGCCAUCAGAAAAAGAAACUGCCCGAUCACAGCGAGAGAGGAAGAGAAAACCCGAGAUUGAUUUCCACCACGCGUUCAUUCGAAUUCAAUCGCAAUGACGAUAGCUACGCAACAAACGACAAGCUUAUUGAUCAAAAUAGUGACUGUUACGCCUCACGUGAAGACACCGACACAUGCUGCUCGUGCAGUGAAGAGAGCUCGUGCGUGUACGCCGAGACUAUCGAUCCAUCGCAAUAAGUGUUCCAAACACAGAUGAUUACAGUAAAUCACAUAUAAACUUAUAGGGUCUGUCUAUGCAGAGAAUCUAGUCAUUUCAUUGUAAAGAGCAUGAAAGUAGGGGAUUAGGGAAGUAUCUGUAACAUUACUCUUAGACAUCGUCUAGUGCUUGAAAAGUUAAUCAGACGAAAACAGUAGACAACAUUAUCUAAAUAUUUUAGCAUCCACUGAAGACUUACAUAUUCUAUACAUAUUGUGUACAUAAGGCCCCUAACAAUAACGUAUUUAGACUAUACUAUUAGGAUCCGAGAAUCAUUGUUUGCUAGUCCAUUUACUGACAUAUUUAUGUACUUCCUAGAUUUUUGACUUUUUCACCCACGAACAUACAAAUUAAGUGAAUAGAUGGAAAAACGAGGAGCAUCUUGGAAUAUGAAGAAAACGCAAUAACACUGAAGACUGAAUGAGUAACAAGAUAUACUUUUGUUAUCGCCGCGGAAUGACAUUGAGACAUGGCUGAAAAACAAUUUUCUAAUUAAUUUACAUUUUAAAAUCCAUUAAAACUUUAUUGCGGUAGGAAAAAUUUCAAAAACAUAUCGAAAGAGAAAUUGGGAGAAAAACUUUAAAAUUCUUUUUACUGAUUUUGGCCUAUUUGAAAUAUCAAAAAAGAAAUCCAUAUCAGAAGCUAUUGUUUUAGACCAAAUGUUUGCAAUAUUUUCCACUUUAUCCCUGAGAUAUAAGAUGCAAAAGAAAUCAAAUAACUUGUGUGCUUUUAUUAUGUACAAUAAUAAUUUUUUAUUAAUUUAUAACAAUGCGCAAUAAUCAUAUCGUCUUUAGUAGGGUUAUAUUUUGAAUUUAAUCAAAAACGUGAAACGUGGUUAUUGUUUACUUGGUGAAUCCAGAGAAGCAAGAGGAAGAUGAAGGAAGAGAAAAAUGUUAUAGAGUCUAUUUAUUUCGGAAAAAAAGUUUGCAAGUUUUUUUCCUUGCUAAAUAUUAAUUUGAUCCUGUUGGAUAUAAUCAACUUGUAGAUGUAGGAAAAUUGUUCUGCAAAACGUACAUAAAAUGUAGAAAAUAUUCAAAUUUGCAAAACUGUGAUAUAUUGUGAUGUGAUAUGCAUAAAAUAUGUAAUUUGCAGACAACAGCAGAUGGAAACAUCUCACUAUGCGUACUCCCAUACAAUACCACUCCAUAACAAUCGUGAAAAGUUUGAAAACUUUUUUGUAUGGUGCAUUAGAAUUUCUAUGAACGGCAAUACGAUAGAUUUUGUACAGAUUACAUGAAGGUUAAAGGAAAAGCGAUAGAAAUUGCGACCCAUUUACGUACACUACACGGUUUAGAAGCAUAAUGUAACGAAUAAUCAAUCAAUAAAUCCACUGUAAAUAGCUAAA